AUGGCAUCCGGAGAAGAAGAUAGGGACAAGCGAAGAGGUUCGACCAAAUUCAAAAGAAAAGAGUUGGGAGUGUCUUGCAUGCUAAGCACCGAAGUUGGAGCCGUGCUGGCUCUCGUCCGUCGCCCCCCAGAUUUCAAUUCCCCCUACCUUCCCGCCGACGACAAUUACGAAUCCGCCUCCGUCAAUUCCCUCCGAUCACUCCGAUCCCUCAUCUUCACCCUCCACCAGGAAUGGCGCACCGUCGACCCCUCCAUCUACCUCACCCCCUUUCUCGAAGUCAUCCAAGCCGACGAUGUCCCCGCGUCCGCCACGUCCGUCGCCCUGUCCUCCGUCCUCAAGAUCCUCAAACUCGGCAUCUUCGACGAACGCACCCCUGGUGCCAAAGACGCCCUUGACGCCGUCGCCAAUGGCAUCACCUGCUGCCGACUCGAGAAAACGGACCCUGUCUCGGAAGACGCUGUCAUGAUGAGGAUCCUUCAAGUCCUAACAGCCAUAAUGAGCCACAGGGCCUCGCUCUUGUUCUCGGACCAAGCGGUUUGUACCAUCGUCAACACAUGCUUCCAGGUGGUUCAGCAGUCUGCGAACAGAGGCGACUUGCUUCAGCGAACAGCGAGGUACACAAUGCACGAGCUUAUUCAGAUUGUGUUUUCGAGGCUGGCUCAGAUCGAGGUGAAGGAUGGGGAAGAGAGUUCGGAAUCGGAUACGGAUGAUGUUGGGGUUUUGGAAUCUGGGUACGGAGUUCGUUGUGCCAUAGAUAUCUUUCAUUUCCUGUGCUCUCUGUUGAAUGUGAUGGAGGUGAUCGAAACAGAGGGCCCCAAUGCUCACUCUGUUGAUGAAGAUGUUCAGAUUUUCUCGCUGAUUUUGAUCAAUUCGGCCAUUGAAUUGAGCGGAGAUGCCAUAGGGAAGCAUCCCAGGCUCAUGAGGAUGAUCCAAGACGAUCUCUUCCACCAUUUGAUUUAUUAUGGCACGUGGUCUAGCUCCCUUGUCUUGUCCAUGAUUUGCAGUACCGUUUUGAAUGCAUAUCACUUUUUGAGAAGUUUCCUUCGCCUGCAACUAGAAGCCUUCUUUGGAUACGUGCUUCUGAGAGUGGCAGCUUUAGCGAACACAGUUCAACUCCAAGAAGUUGCAGUUGAAGGGAUAAUAAAUUUUUGCAGGCAACCCACGUUUAUUGCUGAAGCUUACGCAAACUAUGACUGUGAUCCAUUUUGCCGGAAUGUGUUUGAAGAUAUUGGAAAAUUGCUGUGCAAGCACUCAUUUGCCGGGAACGGUCCUUUGACCUCUUUGCAAAUCCAAGCCUUUGAAGGAUUAGUCAUUAUAAUUCACAAUAUCGCAGAUAAUAUCGACAAGGAAGAUGAGUCCUCCCCUUUAGGUCCCUACUCAAAUCAUAUCACAGAGUACUCACCCUUUUGGGAGGAGAAAGAGAAGGAUGGUAAGGACUUGGAAGCUUGGGUGGAACAUGUACGUACAAGGAAAUUGCAGAAGAGGAAAAUGUUAAUUGCAGGAAACCAUUAUAUCAGAGAUGACAAGAAGGGCCUCGAGUACUUAAAACAUUCUCAAUUAAUCUCUGAUCCUCCUGAUCCUAAGGCGUUUGCUUUCUUCUUUCGCUACACUCCUGGUCUGGACAAGAACCUGAUAGGAGAAUAUCUAGGAGACCCAGAUGAUUUCCACCUCCAAGUUCUUAGAGAAUUUGCAGCCACCUUUUAUUUCACUGGCAUGGCCCUUGACACCGCACUGAGGUUCUAUCUUGAAACUUUUCGAUUGCCCGGAGAAUCUCAAAAGAUUCAACGUGUUCUUGAAGCAUUCUCAGAGAGAUUCUAUGAUCAACAAUCUGCAGACAUUUUUGCUAGCAAGGACACUGUUCUUAUUCUAAGCUACUCCCUCAUCAUGCUUAAUACGGAUCAACACAACCCCCAAGUGAAGAAGAAGAUGACGGAAGAGGAUUUCAUAAAGAACAACAGAGCUAUCAAUGAAGGGCAGGAUCUACCCAGAGAGUUCCUCUCAGAGCUGUAUCAUUCUAUUCUGUCGAACCCACUUCUUGCUCCAACAAGUACAAAUGUAGACAUGAACCCCAGCAAGUGGAUUCAGCUCAUAAACCGAUCCAAAGUGGUUCAACCUUUCAUCCAGUGUGAUUUUGAUCGCAGGAUGUGCAGAGAUAUGUUUGCUUGCAUUGCAGGUCCAGCAGUGGCUGCUCUUUCUACAUUCUUUGAGCAUGCUGAUGAAGAUGAUUUGCUUCAUGAGUGCAUCGAAGGGUUAUUCUCAGUGGCUAGGAUUGCUCAGUAUGGACUAGAGGACACUCUAGACGAGCUCAUAUCAUCAUUCUGCAAAUUCACUACACUUUUAAACCCUUAUGCCUCCACUGAUGAGAUAUUGUACUUGUUCAACAAUGAUUUGAAGCCUAGAAUGGCAACAGUUGCUGUUUUCACUGUUGCAAACAACUUUGGAGACUCAAUCAGAGGUGGUUGGAAGAACAUUAUAGACUGCUUGCUGAAACUCAAGAAGUUAAAGUUACUUCCUCAAUCUGUCAUUGAUUUUGAGCUUACCCCAACACAAUCAGCGGAUGGAUCAGGUGUUGUUUUCCGUGUUCGUAAUUCAAAAUUAGGAAGCCGACAGGUUUCUAACAUAGCUAGUCACUCCUCAUUUUCGUCGCAAGAUGGUAAGGACAAUUUGAUCAUUGGCUCUGAAUUUGAACAGAAUGUGAACAUGAUCAAACAAUGUCGCAUUGGUGCCAUUUUCAGUAAAAGCUCGAACAUCCCUGAAGAAUCUCUACAUAAUCUUGGACGAUCUUUGAUAUUUGCAGCUGCUGGAAAAGGCCAGAAAUUUAACACGCCCAUUGAAGAAGAAGAAACUGUUGGGUUUUGCUGGGAUUUGAUUACGGCAAUCACAUUAGUCAAUGUUCACAGAUUCCAAGCAUUUUGGCCUCAGUUCCAUGAGUAUCUCCUGACAGUUGCUCAAUUUCCCAUCUUCUCCCCUAUCCCUUUCGCAGAAAAAGCCACUGCAGCCCUUUGCAGGAUCUCUCUGAGGCUUUUUUCUUCACCGCAGGCGGAUAAAUUCCCAGAAGAGCUUAUUUUCAAGUCAAUAAAUCUAAUGUGGAUGCUUGAUAAAGAAAUUCUUGAAACCUGCGGCGGGGUCAUAUCACAAUCAGUUAUCCAAUUAGUCUCCGAGUACCCUGGAAAUUUGCAGACACAUCUUGGGUGGAAGACGGCUUUACAUUUGUUAUCAAUCACUGGCAGGCACCCUGAAACCUAUGAUCAAAGUUCUGAGGCCUUGAUCACAUUAAUGUCUGAUGGGGCAAAUUUUUCACGAAUUAAUUAUUCAUACUGUGUAGAUUGCGCUUUUAGCUUUAUCGCACUUAGGAACAGUCCUCUAGAGAAGAAUCUCAAGAUUCUGGAUCUGCUAUCCGAGUCAGUGAAUUUGUUGAUUCAGUGGCAGAAAAAUCAGUAUUCAGAUCCAGGAAGUAAUUCCAGUGGAGUAAGCAAUAACAGUAGCUCUUCUUUGGAUGAAAAUCCAAGAGGUGGAUCAUCAAAUUUCACCAUGAAUCUAUUUGUGAAACUAGGAGAGGCAUUUAAAAAGACGAGCCUAGCUAGGCGAGAGGAGAUAAGGAACUAUGCAGUUCAAUCUCUACGCAAGAGUUUUGAUCUGGCUGACGAGCUGCCAUUCACUUCAGCAAAUUAUAUAAGCUGUCUCAACCUAGUGAUAUUUGCAAUGGUGGAUGAUCUUCAUGAGAAGAUGUUGGAAUACUCAAGGAGGGAGAACUCAGAGAGGGAGAUGAGAAGUAUGGAAGGUACACUGAAGAUUUCAAUGGAGCUAAUGACAGAUGUGUACUUGCAGUUCUUGAAACCAUUAUCUGAGAGUAGUGGAUUUCGAACGUUCUGGUUGGGAAUUCUGAGAAGAAUGGAUACUUGCAUGAAAGCUGACUUGGGACAAUAUGGUGCAUCAACUGUGCAAGAUUUGGUCCCGGACUUGCUGAGGAGGAUCAUCACGAGAAUGAAAGAGAAGGAGAUCUUAGUGCAAAGAGAAGGUGAUGAUCUGUGGGAAAUAACAUACUUUCAGAUACAGUGGAUUGCUCCUGCCCUUAAAGAUGAGCUUUUUCCUGAUUAACACCACAUCUUGUUUAUUAAAUCAAGAUUUUCUUUUUUGGCGCCAAUUUCAUUAUUCUGCAGAAUUUUAGACGAUGUUUUUUUGUUGUUCGUAUUUCUACUUGUCGAAAUACUCACAAUAACAGAGUUUAGAUUGUUACA